GGCCCCGCCCCUACCACGUGAUCUUAGCCAACCAAUGGGAAGGCACACGCUGCGUGACAGGCCGUGAGACACGUGAUGCAAGGAAAGGGAGGGGCGGAUCAUAUGACUUCAGCCUCUUCCGGGUCUCAGCCGGAGACUUCCAGUGACGGUUAUAGAAGCCCUCGUGUUAAGUGUAUUAUGUGUUUCCGUGGGCGCCAGGCUACCUUUGUGGGCCAGUGAGCGAAUUUAUACCAACUGCCGUCAUGAAAUACUCUCCUAAAUGCCUUUAGAGGGGCGAGUAGGAUCCAGGCUCUAUGCUCCAAGAGUACACACCGAUAGGCCCAGUUGCCUGGUGCCAAGGCUGGCGACAUACAGAGGGUGUGUCACCCAACCUGGACUGGGGAUCUGAGACUUACUGGAAGAAGGGACCUUAUACCUUCACAAACCGAAGCAGAGUGGAGCUCAAUCCUGGUGGAGGAGAUAGAGGCCACCUCAGUGAUCUCCUUGCCCUCAGGCAUUUCUCUUCAAUCUUGCCUUUUUACAGCAGUCAUAGUAAUCUAACACACAAAGCUCACAAUCAGUGCGCUUCUUAGAAGCAUCCCACAUCUUCCCUUGGACUCAACACAAGUCCAAGUCUGUCGUGCAAGAUCUUGCAGAGCCUGACACCCACUCCAAGCCCAGGGCAGUGGAGCAGGGGUUGGGGGAAUGCCUCACCAACCACAGGGAAAUACUUGGAGUUUCCUGAUUGACUUUCUGGACUUUACACACAUGGCCUGGCACACUGUCUCCCCACCCGGUCUGCCUGCCCAAAGCGCCUGUGUUCAUGGAGCAUGCCUUCUAGUGCUCACAUUAUAUUCUCUGUUCCUGUGUCAGUCUCUUCUAACAAAGGUGGAGUUCCAGGGGGACAGGGACAGGAUCCGACUCUUCUCUGUGACUCAAGCCUUGGCACUUGCUUAGGAUUUGGAAUUAUUGAGUAACUCACAACCUCCCUAUCACCUUGGCUCACACCAUACCCUAUGUCCUGAACCAAGGGAUUUGAGGAGAGGUCACCAAACCCAGUAGCUUUAUUACCCCUCAAAUCAAGACCCCGGAGUUCUGUAAGUUCUUUGAGGACUCCUGAAGGGUAGGAGGCAGCUCAAGCUUGUACCUGGGGUUGGUAACUUGAACUGCAGGUCUCAGGUGACAGCAGCAGCCGCAGCAUCAAUAAUUGACAGCAAGUCCAGCCUGCCUCAGGGUUCUUCCCCACCCCAAGGACUCCCCCUCCUGUCCUAUGCUCUGAUCUUCCCCAAGCAGGAGCCUCCAGCCCAGGCCCAGGUAGGGACCAUGUCCCCCGCCAUCGCGCUGGCCUUCCUGCCACUGGUGGUGACAUUGCUGGUGAGGUACCGGCACUACUUCCGACUACUGGUACGCAUGGUCUUACUCCGGAGCCUCCGAGACUGCCUGUCAGGGAUGCGGAUUGAGGAGCGGGCCUUCAGCUAUGUGCUCACCCACGCCCUGCCUGGGGACCCUGGUCAUAUCCUCACCACCCUGGACCACUGGAGCAGCCACUGCGAGUACCUGAGCCACAUGGGGCCUGUCAAAGGUCAGAUCGUGAUGCGGCUGGUGGAGGAGAAGGCCCCUGCUUGUGCACUGGAGCUGGGCACCUACUGCGGGUACUCCACACUGCUUAUUGCCCGUGCCCUGCCCCCUGGGGGUCGCCUUCUCACUGUGGAGCGGGAUCCACGCACAGCAGCAGUGGCUGAAAAACUCAUCCGCCUGGCUGGCUUCGACGAGCGCACGGUGGAGCUCAUCGUGGGUAGAUCAGAGGAGGUGAUCCCGCGCCUAAGAACCCAGUACCAUAUGAAUCGGAUUGACCUGGUGCUCCUGGCACACAGGCCCCGACGUUAUUUGCGGGACCUGCAACUGCUGGAGGCCCAUGCCCUGCUGCCAGCUGGUGCCACAGUGUUAGCUGACCACGUGCUCUUCCCUGGUGCACCUCGCUUCCUGCAGUACGCCAAGAGCUGUGGCCGCUACCGCUGCCGCCUCCACCACACUGGCCUCCCUGACUUCCCUGCCAUCAAGGAUGGCAUAGCCCAGCUCACCUACUCAGGGCCUGGCUGAGGUCCAGGCCCAGGGGUACUUACUGCUGCCUCCCCCCACCCCCCAACCAAGCAAGGACCUCAGAAUAUCCCCUCCCCUCCCUGCUUGUGGACUGACACAUACUGGGCUCAGGGCUAGGGAGUCUCUCCUCCCACCUCUGUCUCACUCUGGCUCCACACUAACCUGAGGCCUCAAGUUCUGUCAGGCUGUUUGAUCCCACUGGUCCCCCUCCUUCCAGUCCAGAGUCAUGGACUGACAGGCAAGAGACUUCAGCUCACAACACAGCCCUGUCACUGAUUUGCUGGGUUACUCCAUGGGAGUCCCUGCCCUGCUCUGAGAUCUAAUCUGUUCUAACACCAAGGAAGUUGACUAGGAGAGCUCCAGGGGCCUCCCAGUUCUGGCGCUCAGAAAGCCUGCCUCCCACCCCCCACCCCACCCCAUCCCAUUCCAGGUGGGAUCAAAGGAAACAGUAAACACUGAGUUAGAGGCCCUGCAGGAAUGGCUGGGUGCAAGCUGGGCCAGAGGAAAUGGCAGUGGAGCCUGGGCCCACAGCCAGGGCUACCCUGGCCUUCCCUAGCCCCAGCCCGCGUGGCC